AUGUUGCCAGAGAACUAUUCCAGUAGGCCAGUUGCUGUCAUAGGAGGCGGCGUAUUAGGGAGACGCAUCGCUUGUACUUGGGCAUCUGGUGGAUAUGACGUCCAGAUCCGAGAACCAGAUCAAAGCCAGCAUGAGCCCUGUCUCAACUACAUCAAGGAGAACGUCGCAAGAUACCCUGCUUCUGUAGAGAAAACCGCUGGAACCGUCAGAAUAUUCCAAGACCUCGACGUGGCAGUCCGGACUGCGUGGCUUGUCAUUGAGGCAGUCCCUGAAAAGAUUCAACUCAAAAUAGACACCUUUGCGGAACUCGAAACUCAUGCCCCCAAGGAUGCUAUCUUAGCCAGUAAUUCAUCAUCAUACAAGUCCUCUGAGAUGCUUGGGGAGCUCAAGGACACAACAAAAUCGCGAGUCCUGAACACGCAUUACUACAUGCCUCCCGACAACAUGGUUGUUGAGCUGAUGACAGACGGCUAUACAGAUCCAGACAUCUUUCCCUUUCUAAUGGAUAGACAGAGAGAAGUGGGUUCUAAGCCUUUUUUCGCGAGAAAAGAAUGCACAGGCUUUAUUUUCAACAGACUCUGGGCGGCGAUAAAAAGGGAGACGCUGUCCAUUCUCGCUGAAGGAGUGUCAACACCUGAGGAAAUCGACACUAUCUGUAUGGAAUUGACAAAAACCUGGGGAGGACCUUGCAGAUGGAUGGAUGUCGUCGGCUUGGACACUGUCGCCCUCAUCGAGGAUCACUACAUCGAGGAGCGUCAGCUAUCUCCUACCUAUACAGUGGACUUUUUGCGUCGCGAGUAUAUUUCCAAAGGCAAACUCGGUGCAAAAUCUCCUUUCGGCGGCUUAUAUCCUCCUGAACCCAAAAGUGGCGCGCUGGAUUCGGAACCCAAAAAUGUCACGCUGGAUUCGGGCCCAACACUUGAGACCCAAGAUCUUGUCGCUCAAGCAUAG